CCUUCGCAAAGGCGCUGUCCCAUUGUCACUUGCUCACUCGCAAUUCGAAAUUGGAAACGACCAUCGCCAUAGCCAUCGCCAUCCUUGUCGCAUGCACAGCUCAGCACUCGUCGUUACCGUCCCACAUUCGUCUCAAACCCGCCGGAAGUCCAGCUGCAACAUUGUGUCCAUCUCAACCCUUUACUUAGGACCGUGAGAUUGCUUGACUCGCUCUGUCUGGUUCACAGAGCAUUUCUGGCGCCUUCGUCUCACAGCUGACGCGUUUCAGUGAAUAAUGUGACCUGGUAUUGUGCCGUUCUCUUUCCACUUUGGUUGGUAAGAGCGGCACGGUGUGCGAGGAGAUCGAGGGGCUCGUUAGUAACUAAUUCGGGUUUUGCAUUUUCGCGCAUGUCGUUGAGGGUUCGGUUUGAGACGUUGUACUCGCGGGACGGACUCGGAUGUCGUAGGUUAAAAGCCGUUUGCAAUGUGCGUUGUGGAGUUGGAAGUUAGGAGGCGUUGUUGCGUGUGGAUUGUGGCUGGAAUCGUAUCCUGAAUAAUGUAGGGAGAGGUUGGAAGAGUGUCCCGGGAGCCGCUGAUGAUUGUGAGCCGGUGGUGGGAAUCAGGGCAUGGUAUAGAAGGCUUGGAGAAUCAAAAGAUAAAUGGAAAGUUAUGCGUCUAAUGUAAUGAAUGUAGAGGUAAGCCGGGAAUCGCCAAGGCAGGAUAAAUGGGCUUAACAGGCGGUAUAAUUUGAUCGAACCUUCAGAGUUUUUCUUUGUUUUUUUCCAGUGGAGUACUGGCAGGGGAGGGAGUCUUGGGGAGACCACAGAUCUGGUAGAAAGAAGGGUCAAGAUUGUCGAUUGCAGUGUAAAUUUUGGGAAAUCCUCUCACAAAUCAGAGAAGUCUCAAUCAGGAGAAACAGAUUUUUCGAAGCACAGGUAUUCCGUGGAAGUAGGCGUCACAACUAUGGGGUCUGGAAGACAGAGUGAUGGUAGGGAAGUUCCUAACUACGCUGGGUGGGUGUUUCACGUCGGGACAAGCUCAUUAGGAUACCAAUUCUGCCGACCCCGUUAUUUGGUCAUCAAGGGCAAGAAUGUGACGAUGUAUAAGACCGACCCCGGCGACAAUCCGCGAUCUAUUCCCAUGAGGAGCGGACUCGUUGGGACUCAUCUGAUGGUGGAGGAAGUUGGCCGCCGAGUCUUUCACAGUGGGCCUCUCUAUGUUCUGAAGAUCUACAGCAAGCUGGAUGAUAGCCGGAAUGGAGAGUUCGCAUGUACCAAUUGCGAGGAAGUGGAGAAGUGGAUAUCUGCUUUCAGGCAUGCGAAGGAAGAGGCGGAGACGAUUAUUGACAGAACCGGAAGUGGUAACCGGAUCAUGCACAGUGAUGACGAGUUCGAUAUCAACGGUCCUCGAAAAGGCUCCCGAGGCAUUGCGAACAUUGGCAGAUUGAUAACCAUAGGAAAAGGUCCGGAAGCACUUCUGAGACGGCCAUCGAUGGUGGCCCAAGAUCCUGAAUCAGACGGUUUCUACAAUUAUCCUCAGGGGGACACAUUUGAACUAGCAGAUUGGAGAUGUGUUUACAUAGUCAAUGGUCUCCGAAUCUUUGAAGACGCUACAGCUUCGAAGGCAGAGAAGGGUCACAUAAUGAAGUCUGUUGGAGUUAUCGAUGCAGCAGCAGAGACAAUUUUUGAGCACAUCAUGAGCUUUAAUACCAAGAUGCGAUACCAAUGGGAUAUGUAUAUGGGCAACUUAGAGCUUGUUGAGGAAAUCGACGGGCACACCGACAUUGUGUACGGUUCGUUUGACCCGAAAUUUUUCAAGAGGUUCCAGAAAAAAACCGACUUUCUGUUUUCACGAGUUUGGCGCCGCGACCAAGAUGGAUCUUAUUCUAUAACACAAAUCUUUACCACCCACAAAAAGUGCCCUCCGAAGCGUGGAUUCAAUCGUAUAAAUAUCAGUCCGGGGAUAUGGGAGAUUAUGCCAUUACCACCAAAGCCUGGUUUCGGUUCGCCUCGAUGUCUUGUGACGCAAAUGAUAGAGGUGAAGUCAACAGGGUGGGGACGAUGGAAACAUAGUUCUUUCUCCAAGUUCCUGACGACAAUUCCUUACAUCUUACUUUGUCGUACUGCUGGUUUACGAGAAUUGGUUGCAGCGAAUCCUGAUAAUACUCACUUAGAAACUCAAGUCAAGACCAAGGAAGUGAAGAAGUCAGUGGAUGAGCAGGGACUGAGUGGGUUAAACUCACUCUUAACGCGACCUCCUGAUUCUCUGCAUGCAGAGCCGCAGGAAGAGUUUUAUGAUGCACUAAUGGUCGAAUAUCCUGAUGAAGACGAGGACGAUGCCGCUCGAUCAAUGCUUUCCAAGCAAAGGACCGCUAGUCAGAAGUUUAAGGGAAUAUCUUGGGGCGUUGUAGUUGGCCUUUCAAAAAGUAAAAAAGCUCCAGCAACUCGAGCAGAAAAAGAGCUAGAUUGGAAUUUUCCAGCCGUGCAUUUUGAGGACGGCGUGUUUCAGUCAGGAUUGAGGAGGUGUGAUGGCCGAAGUGACCAUGGAUGGUCUGAUCCUGGUGGUAAGGGCUUUAUGGUUCGAAGUGUUACUUACAAUAAUGACGGUCUUAAGACCACUGGAGGAGACCCGCUUUUAAAACUAUUAGCUGUGGAUUGGCUGAAAUCCGAUAAGAGGAUUGACAACGUUGCCAAACGACCUAGCUGCUGCGUUCAAUCUGAUGCAGGCAAGAAAGCGCCAUUCAUUCUUAUCAUAAACCUACAGGUACCAGCCUCUCCCAACUACAGCCUAGUCAUGUACUUCGUAUCUGAGAGGCCAAUUCGACAAGGGUCACUGCUAGAUCGAUUUGCCAAUGGUGAUAAUGCUUUCCGUAAUUCACGGUUUAAGCUUAUUCCUAGCAUUGUGGAGGGUUACUGGGUUGUGAAGCGUGCUGUUGGCACUAAAGCGUGCCUUUUAGGCAAAGCUGUUACUUGUAAUUACUUUAGGGAAGAUAAUUUUCUCGAGAUUGAUGUGGACAUUGGUUCCUCUUCUGUUGCACGCAAUGUUGUGGGUCUGGUUUUGGGUUACGUAACCAGCAUCGUCGUUGACCUGGCUGUUUUGAUCGAGGCCACCAAUUCGGAGGAACUACCGGAGUAUAUCCUGGGUACAACGAGGAUAAACCGUUUCACAUUAGAGUCCGCAGUCCAAGUUUGAUAGGAUUUACCUUCUACUUAAAUUAUUACAGGAAGCCAUCCCAAGUCCAGAGUUAGCCAAUCUCCAUAAAUUCUGUGUUUGUAAUCCAUAAACAAUAAUCCACUUCGGAGCUCUGUAACAUAUGAAGGUACCCUCUUAAGAGAGUAGCAAUUGCUGCCCCAACCAAGGGUUUCAUUCAGGCCGAUAUUCCUUGCCGUGCAAAUUUA